AGAGCAUCAAAUAACUCUCCGAUGUGCAAAUCCAGCUUUACAUCCCGACCUUCUUCUUGCUCCUAGGGUUUUUGUUAUUCGUUACCGCCUUAGCUCUCUCUACCGUCGUCGAUAGUCUUUUCUAUAUCUGUCCGUCGAGAAAAUCUCAGCGAAAUCCGUAUAUAAAUGGCAAUGGAAGUCACACAAAUCCUUUUGAACGCGCAAGCAGUGGAUGGUACUGUGCGGAAACAUGCAGAAGAAACCCUGAAACAGUUUCAGGACCAAAACCUUCCUGGUUUUUUGUUCUCUCUCUCAGGAGAGUUGGCAAACAACGAUAAACCAGUGGACAGUCGUAAAUUAGCAGGUCUGAUCCUCAAGAACACCUUGGAUGCCAAAGAACAACAUAGGAAGUUUGAGCUUGUACAGAGAUGGUUGUCAUUAGACUCAGCUGUGAAGGCCCAGAUCAAAGGGUGUUUGUUGCAGACCCUUUCUUCUCCUGUACUUGAUGCAAGAUCUACUGCAUCCCAAGUCAUCGCUAAGAUUGCGGGAAUUGAGUUGCCGCAUAACCAGUGGCCUGAUCUUAUAACUUCACUAUUGUCGAAUAUUAACCAACUUCAGGUUCAUGUCAAGCAGGCCACCCUUGAAACACUUGGGUAUUUGUGUGAGGAAGUCUCCUCGGAUGUUAUUGAUCAAGAGCAAGUAAAUAAAAUACUCACUGCUGUAGUCCAGUGUAUGAACUCUUCUGAGGGAAGCACGGAUGUCAGGCUCGCUGCCACACGAGCGCUGUAUAAUGCUUUGGGCUUUGCUCAUGCGAAUUUCACGAAUGAUAUGGAGCGGGACUAUAUCAUGAGAGUUGUCUGUGAGGCAACUCUCUGCCCUGAGGUGAAAAUACAACAAGCUGCAUUUGAAUGCUUGGUUUCCAUUUCUUCUAUGUACUACGACAAACUUUCUGCCUACAUUCACGACAUUUUUAACAUCACGGCCAAAGCCGUGCGUGAAGAUGAGGAGCCUGUUGCUCUUCAGGCGAUUGAGUUUUGGAGCUCUAUCUGUGAUGAGGAAAUCGAUAUUUUGGAAGAAUAUGGAGGCAAUUUCAGCGGCGACUCGGAAAUUCCGUGUUUUUAUUUUAUUAAGCAGGCCCUCCCUACCCUGGUUCCUAUGCUUUUGGAGACUCUCCUCAAGCAAGAAGAGGAUCAGGAUCAGGAUGAAGGGGCUUGGAAUCUUGCAAUGGCCGGGGGAACAUGCUUGUGUUUAGUUGGGCGGACUGUCCGAGAUGAUAUUGUUCCCCUUGUGAUGCCAUUCAUAGAAGAAAACAUAACAAAACCAGAUUGGAGGCAAAGAGAGGCAGCUACUUAUGCCUUCGGCUCCAUUUUGGAGGGCCCAUCCCCAGACAAGUUUGCGCCUAUUGUUAAUGUUGCUCUAAGCUUUAUGCUCACUGCCUUGACAAACGACCCAAAUAAUCAUGUCAAGGACACUACUGCAUGGACCCUUGGAAGGAUAUUUGAGUUCAUCCAUGACUCAAGCAUCGUGGCACCCGUAAUUACCAGUGCGAACUGUCAACAGAUCCUUAUGGUUCUGCUUCAAAGCAUGAAAGAUGUUCCUAAUGUUGCUGAAAAGGCCUGCGGAGCUCUCUAUUUUCUUGCCCAAGGUUAUGAGGAUGUGUGCUCAUCCUCCUCCCCUCUGUCACCCUUUUUUCAGGACAUUGUUCAGGCUCUUCUUACUGUGACUCACAGAGAAGAUGCAGGAGACUCGCGCCUCCAGACUGCUGCAUACGAGACUCUGAAUGAAGUUAUCAGGUGUUCAACUGAUGAGACUGCCCCUACAGUCAUGCAACUGGUUCCAGUUAUCAUGAUGGAGCUCAACCAGACUAUUGAUGCUCAGAAGCUUUCAUCGGAAGAGAGGGAGAAGCAGAAUGAAUUGCAAGGGCUUCUUUGUGGGUGCUUGCAGGUUAUCAUACAGAAGUUGGGAGGGUCGGAAGCUACAAAACACAUUGUCAUUCGGUAUGCAGACCAGAUGAUGAGUCUCUUUAUGCAGGUUUUUGCUUGCAGGAAUGCUACAGUGCAUGAAGAGGCUAUGCUUGCGAUUGGGGCUCUGGCUUAUUCAACAGGGGCCGAUUUUUCAAAAUACAUGCUUAAAUUCUAUCCUUACCUGGAAAUUGGUCUCCAAAAUUUUGAGGAGUAUCAGGUCUGUUCCAUUACAGUUGGUGUCAUUGGUGACUUGUGCCGGGCAUUGGAGGAGAAGAUUCUUCCUUACUGCGACGGAAUCAUGAUCCAACUCCUCAAGGACUUGUCAAGUAAUCAGCUCCAUCGGUCUGUGAAGCCUCCUAUAUUUUCAUGCUUCGGUGACAUUGCCUUGGCAAUUGGGGAGAAUUUCGGGAAGUACCUGAUAUAUGCCAUGCCAAUGCUGCAGAGUGCUGGAGAGCUAUCUGCUCCUGCUUCAGGUGUUGAUGAUGAAGUGUCCGAUUACACCAAUGUGCUAAGAAAUGGCAUCUUGGAAGCAUACUCUGGGAUUUUCCAAGGUUUCAAGAAUUCUCCAAAGACUCAGCUACUGAUGCCUUAUGCACCUCACAUCCUUCAGUUUUUGGAUAGCUUAUACAUGGCAAAGGACAUGGAUGCUGUCGUGACUAAGACUGCAAUUGGUGUCCUGGGAGAUCUGGCCGAUACACUGGGCAACAAUGCUGGCCCUUUGAUUAACCAAGUUGCUGCAUGCAAAGAAUUCUUAGACGAAUGCUUAUUUUCAGGUGACCCUUCGAUUAAAGAGUCUGCUGAUUGGGCUCGGGUAGCCGUCAUGCAAGCUAUUUCUGGCUGAUGCUGCUUGGUCUUGUUAGAAGUCUCUGCAUGCAUUUGGGUGUGUCGAGUUGGGUCCAGGAUUGCAUACAUGCAUGGGAUCGUCACCAUUUUGGCAUGAACGAUUUGCGUGGAGUUAAGAGGUUGUGGCUACAUCUUGUCAGCACCAUGGAGUUCUCUGUCAUGAGGAAGUCGGUGGGGAUGGGCAGACGGCCCACCUUCGCUAACAAAUGGCUGUAAGCCUCCCUUUUAGAAGGGAGGGGGACCUUGUUCGUGAAUGAUGCAGCUGUGGCCUCGUUAUGACAUUGCCUGCCUGUACCUUCACCACAAUUCCUGCACCGGUUCUGCUUGUCGUGGCAUUUUUAUCGGAGGCCCAGUUGGUGCAGCCUUCUUCCAAGGCCAAUCAAUCAACGGCCAGGCAUUUUGAGUCAAUGGCACCUGAAAAGAAAGGCGGCAUGGGAUUUGAUUCACAUCUGAGAGUUUGACAGGUGCUGUGGCGAUGCCAAAAUCAUCCAUUGCUAAAUACACCUUCAUUCACCCCUCUUUUGCAUACCUCUGAAAAAUUGUAUGAAACUUGCAUUGUCUGAAGCCCAUCUCGGUUUUAGCCUGUCGAGUUGCAUCCCCUCAAGCUCUGUAUAGUCGGCAGUAGUACCUGGAAUUGGGUUACAGGACCUGCAUCACAAACAUGAUUAGGCAUUCAUAUCCACCAUCAAUCAUAUUCCAUCAUUUCUAUUUCACCUUCAA